AUGUCCUCAUUUUUAAUUCUCAACUGUGUAUUUCUAAAAGAAUUGUGCGUUUAUCUCGAAAAUAUCGGUUUUUUUGUUGUAGAAAUGCUACCCCAUCUGAGUCCCCAAGCCUGGUCGGUAGUUGAGGAUAGCUGUCAGCUAGAUGUCGAGCCUCUCCCAAAGACGGUCGAUGACAUUCGAAACCUGAUUGAAAAUCAAAAUGGCAACUCUGAUGACAUUCCAGAUAUUGACUGCGAAGGCGCCAAUAAGGCUCUUCUUCGAGUUCGCGCGGGUGAAAUCGUCUACGUCUUGAGCAAGAAAGAUCCUGAACUCUGGAAAGUGGUGUCCCACUCAACUUGUCAAGUUGGAUACCUACCUCCAGAUAAUCUGAGAAUGAUCCCAACAGAAAGCUCUUCUCUCAAAUCUACUGGUAAAAGUCAACACCAAGGCUCCAAUGGUCAUACUGGUGGUACUCUAUCUCGAAUGCGUCUUCGAUUCAGUCGUCGUGAUGUCGCCUAUUACUUAUCGUGGGGUUUUUUUAUUUUUCCUUUAGAAUCGAAGAAUUCACCAAAAGGCGGGAGGAGAAUCAAUCGAGACUUGAUCUCCCUACCACAAAAUGAUUUCCGUCAUGUUGGACACGUUGGUGGGGAUGGAACCAUCUUCGGUGACGUUGGCUUCUCUUUGGACGAUGUGGAUGAGAGCAAUAAUAAGGAUCUGAGUCCGGCUGACAGUUGUAUGACCAUCGGAAGUGCUUCAGACAAGGAAAAUCCACGACUCUCUGACGCAACCCUUGGCGAACGAUCAAGUAGAAGAUCUUCUGCCGGAAUUAAAUCAGUAUCACCAACACGGAAUAUUUCAUCGACUGUGAACGGGACUAGCAACGGAAUUAAAGCAUCUUUGAGCUCUUCAUCAGUGAAUAAUAACCUGACUUCAUCGGCUGUUCCAUCGAAGCCUCCCUCCUCGUCUCCACCUCCUCCAACGAAUUCAGCUAUGGAUACUGGUUCUUGGUUCACUUCUGCGUCGACAGCCGAUGGUGGAGUUGAUGACCCUCAACCUUCGAUCCUUGAUAUGGGUUCCUCAUUCAUGGACGAAAUUUUCCAGUGUCUCUCUGCCAAGGCGGAUGUCUUGAACCUUCUUGAUUCUGCUACCACCGUUGCCAAAGCAGAGACAAAUCAAGCAGUAUCGACGACUGUUGAACCGAAUGUUACUGGCUCGAAGCCACCAAGACCACAGCAGCAGCAAACACUUCCUUCACAACCAGAGUUGGAAACCAAACGGAGAGAGGAGAAACAAACGUCGCCUUUGCCUCCUCCAGUACCGAAACCAGCUCGAAGUCGUGAGGUGACCCCGUUGGAAGAUUCCAACCGCAGUGUCACCAAUAUAGCAGGUUCUUCAAAACAUCUGAACGCUGAUCAGACCAAUAGCGAUUUAUAUGAACGCUCACAUUCAGUUGGAGUCAACGGUAACCCCAUGGGCAGCGGCACUUCCCUAAUCGACACCACCACCUCUUCCUUGCAUCGUGGUCGUGCUGAUAACACUCGUAGCUCCAAUAGCAAUGAAGGCACCCGCGAUGAUGGAACUAACAAUAGUACAAACGCUCGUUCGUUCAUGAACGCCACGAGCACUCUGACUCGGGCCUUCAGAAAAUCUAGCGCCUCACUCUCUCGCCGACCCGGCAAAGCCUCGUCAGCUUUCUCUCUUGAACAGUCCUCCUCAACCGACAAUCAAAUGCCACUUAUCAAAGGGCCUCUGGAAGGUGGCACGAGAGGAAAGUCGAAGAGGCCUGUCAUUAGUGGUCCCGUAAUUAUCAGCAAUCCAACGCCUGUAACUGGUGUCUCUGUGACGUCCGUUAUCUCCGAAGGAACAACCACUGGUGCAGUUUCCACUCCACCUUCCUCCUCUUCUCCCUCACUCCGCAGUGGAAAUAGUCGGGGAUCAUCCAUAACAGCUAUUUCCUCCCCUCUCUCACUGGGUCAAGGUUCUCAAAGAACUUCCGAAGGUCAGACAACCCCAGUAACCACCACGACUCCCUCAAUUUCGCCUGCACCCUCUACAAGCUCCCUGACCACUUCGAGCACUUCCUCAUCGAAUCUAGGACUCCAUCAGCACCACCCUACCUCAACAACGACCGGAAGAAUCUACGGCGGACCCCAUGCUACAACGACAAGUGCAGUUGGACUCCGUGCGUUGAGAGAUCGUGGUGAUUUAGUAUUCAGGGCUCCGGCCACGGUUGGUGGAGCAAGUAGACGAACGAGAGUUCAUCAGGGAGUGUCGGGAGGGGGAGAGUAUCAGUCAAGAUCUGGUGGUAUCACCUCUAGCGGCACGCUAGAUCGAAGAAUUCGACCACAGCUGCCCGUAUGUCCCGCCACAGUCACCUUACCGCGUCGAACAAACCACUUCGGUAUACGGGAUCGGAAUAAUGUAGACACGAAUGAGACCAAUGGGAACUCAGCCCGAAUAAGCUCGUAUUCAACGCGAGAACGUGUCAUUGAUCAGGUUGCAAGCAACUCCCUUCCUUGCCAAACGCCUUCUCUUGUUGCUCCAACUGUUCAGAGUGAUAACGCAAUCACUACCUCUCCUGCAAUAGAAAGUCAGGUUCAAAAGAAAGUGCCAUCCCCGACUUCUGAAGUUGAUUCUCCAACUGAACAAACGACGACCUCUUCAGGUGCUGGGUUGUCAGAUGAACUUCUGAGUUUCUGGGGCUCCGAAUUUGCCAGUCUUUUAGGAGGAAAUGCUUCCGCGGCGACUUAG